AUGGGAUAUAUCACUCCUGAAGGACUUGCUAAUUUGAAGAAGUACAAAUAUAUAUCUGGCGGCAGAACAAAGCUAGAUGAAAUAAUGAACCACUGGUGGGAAUGGGUUGUCAACCAACUCCCAAUGAAUAUGGCUCCAAAUCUUAUUACAUUAGUCGGACUAAUCUUUAACAUGACAGGGUGCCUAAUUUAUCUCUGGGAAGAUACCACCUUGACUAAGAAGUUUCCAGCAUGGAUGUACUUCUACUCUGCAACAUGCUCCUUCAUUUAUUAGACAUUGGAUGCAGUGGAUGGGAAGUAGGCUAGAAGAACAGGGACAUCAUCUCCACUUGGAUAGCUCUUUGACCAUGGUUGUGAUGCUGUCACUCUCUUCUUUGGACUAGUGGUCUUUGGCUAAAUUGCUAGAUGUGGUGUUGACUGGUCAUUUUUCUUGUUCUUUUGGGGACUCAGUUUAACUUUCUACACUUAAUAAUGGGAGGAAUUUCAUACUCAUAUCUUUAGAACUUGCAUAGGAAACUGGGGAGUUACUGAAGGUCUCUUAAUGUAAUUGUCAUAUUUAUAUGGUGUUGCUCUUACUGAUGGAUGGCUAGCUGAAGUAAAUGUGUAAUCUGCACUACCAUUUUACUAGUUCCCAGAAGUCAUUGGCACUCUCACACUUUGCAGAAUAUGCAGUAUUAUGAUCUUUUACAAGUAUAUUCAAUACAUUUUAUCGUUAAUAGCAGGUUUAGCUGCUGCAAAAUGCUCAAAAGUAGAAGCAUUACUAGGUUUAGCUCCACUCCCCAUUUUCUGGAUUGAAAUGAUUAUUGUUUUCUCAACUGAAUGGGGAUUAAAUAAUCCUGCUCUAUCAAUAUUACUCUUAUUCCCUAGCUAUUGUCUAAUGACAUGCAAACAUAUCGUUUGCUCAGUCUGUCAUAUGAGCUUUAGCCCAGUCUAAUUAUCUCCUUUAGUAUUUCUAUUAUUUGUUGCUAAUAAAUAUGCAGCAACCCUUGUUCCUGGACUUGCCAAACUCUAAAUGGCUGGAGCAGUAGGCUCAAACUUAGUUCCAGAAUCCUGUGUUGCCAUGUUUGUGUUUAUAUUCACUUUAGUAGCCUUUUCAAAGUUUGUUGUUUCUACUAUUGCUCAAAUAACUUAAUAUUUGGAUAUAUAUUGCUUAACUAUCAAGAAAAAGAGCCUAUGA